AUGGCCGCCCUGCACGAAGCCUUUCGAUGUCUCCAGCCGACCUCGUGGGAUCAGGUUCCACAAUCUUCGGAUGCGCUGCGUGAGUAUGUUCGCGACUUGUUCCAAAAAAGCCGUCUCAUCGCGGAAUCACUCCCGAACCCCCCGCCGUAUGAUCGCGACGAGUACCCGGAGUGGGAAGCGCCGUCCAAGUCUCGCACACACGUCUUCCCCUCCUCUGUGCGAGUAAACGAGGCGGACCCGGAGGUGACUUCGUUGCAGAAGGAAUGGGGCAAACCGACGAAGGUUGGGGGUGGAUCGAAAGAGAACCCCUUUGAUGUACAUCUUUGGAAGCUUUCUUCCAAGGAUGGGAAAGGUUCUUGGUUCGGCAGAAGGAGCGUGCACGAAGGAAUUCCGUUCUCUCGGUGGAAGGAGAAGCUUUCUUCGGAGUAUGCAGAGAGUCUGCAGGCCAAUCAGCGGAAGAAGGCAAAGGGACAGAUUCCCGAUGCGUGUAUUCGCGGGAUCGGAGCCGAAGAGAGAGUUGAACACAUUGAGAUCACAGACGAUGAUGGCUCGACACUAGGGCAGAUGAACGUGUACCAUGUGUCAGCCCAGUUUCCAAAACCCACGGCACCGCGCGAUUUUGUGGUCAUGAUGAUCAUAUCAGAUGUUGGGCUUCAAGUCGGUGGUACAACGCAGCCGGGGCGUAGCAUGUUGAUGAUCUCUCGGCCAUGUGAACACCCACAUGUUCCUCCCAGGAAUGGCUACACCCGUGGCGAGUAUGAAUCGGUGGAACUGAUUCGUGAAAUUCCAAGAGCGAAUAAUGGUCCUGAUUCCCAACCUGGCUCUGAUUCUUCCGGUUCAUUCAAGGCCAACGGUGAUAACGGAGAUGUCUCGCAUGUGCAGGCGUCUGGUGCGGGAGAUGAUGCCGAAUCCAACCCUGUGGAGUGGAUCAUGGUCACCAGGAGUGACCCGGGAGGCAACAUUCCUCGAUGGAUGGUCGACAAGGGCACGCCCAAGAACGUUGGGGUGGAUGCUGCCAAGUUUAUCAAAUGGGCACUUGAGGAGGAUGCACCGGACGGAGGAGUGCAGGGCUCGCCAUCCUUGCAGGAGGAAUCCGCUCACCGUCCGCGGGAUCAGGGACCCAGUUCUGCCGACGACCAGGUCGCUGAUGAGAGCGACCUAUCUGCAUCAGACUCGGAUUCUGUGUAUACCGAUACUCAGUCUCACCAUGGUCUCAUUGCCAGUGUGACUGGCCUCCUGAACACCGGCCUCGAGCGAUUCGCGCCCCAGGCAUUAUUGAAUUACGUGCCACACCAAAGAACCCCAUCAGGCAGCCUCAUCCAGGAUCCCAGGGCUCUGCAAGAUGGGUCAGAAAUGCACUCUACCGUGCCCGUCUCGUCAGCUGGUACGUUCAACAGGAACGUCCCUGAAUCAAAUGACGACAGCUCCUCUGUAUCGUCGAAGCAGUCGGGAACGGACGCGCCAGCGCUUGACGAUAUGCCUCCGAGCCAUCUUCCUCCCGCCGAAUUGAUGGAAAUUGCAAAGGCUGGGAAGCUCACUAGCCAGGAAAAGGACCUUGCCAAACUUGCUGUGCGUAAGCGUGAAAUCGACGCAAAACUUGAGACCAUUCGGUCCGAACUUGACAAACUACAAGUUUCCAGCCCCAACAAUCCAUCCGUGUCGACGCAUGCAGUGAAUGGUGAUACCGGGAGCGAGCGAAAUGGACUCGGUCAGGCCACAGCCGAGGGUCCCACUUCAGCUCCAACCAACACCUCUGCCACUCAGCUUAGUAGAAGCACCGCGAGCAGUGAUGGCAAAAGCACUAUCGAUGAAUUGGUCACAUCUGACCGCAAGAUCAAGUCCGAAAAGCCAGCUGAAGUCCACAAGGUUGCUUCGCAGCUAUUCCGGGACGAGGCCAAACUCUUGAAACAAUUGCGCAAGAUCGAGGCAAGCCAAUUGAAGAUCGCGUCGAAGAUCGAAUCCAAGCAACGUAAACAAGCCGAACGUUCGGAGAAGUCCAAAUCGAAAACCGAGAUUGAGUCUCUUCGUCAGGAGGUCAAGGAUUUGAAGAAGGAGAUUGCUCAACUCCGUUCCGAGCGGGAGAAGUGGAUUGAUUUGGUGUCUACACUGCAAUUGGAGAAUAAGAAGUUGGCGGGCAUGGAAGAUGGGAAAUGA